ACUUGACGUCCCGAAGUGUACUCCGUGCCGCAUUUCCAGAUAAACAACAGUGGAUAUGCUCCGAGAAAACCGCAUCAAAAACCGCGUGAAAUCCGUCCGGAACCGAUCGUAAUCGUUUUGAGCCGUUGCGCGUUAGAUUUGGCCGCCGUGUGGGACCGUUGGUUGAAGUCUUUCAGAACCGGAUUUUCAAAAAUGUUGUCCUAUUGAAGCACCGUCCUUAGGAUUGUGUGAAUGUGAGAGGCAACCCGAAUUGUGUGUGCAUGUGGAUGAAAGCAAACUCCAUCGCCGUCCGUAGUCGUCGUCGUCGAGAAGAAGAAAGAGUGUGAAAUUUUUGUCACUUUAGCAGACGCUAACGAAACGGAUUCGGAUUCUUCGCUUUUCGGUUGUCCGUGCGGAAUUACGGUGCUCGAGAUUAGUGGCGAACGGUGGAAUUGCGGUGAUUUCGGUUGGAUUUGGUGCGUGCAAGCGGUGAAAAGUGUUUUAUUCGUUUAGAUAAGUAAAGGGGGGCGCAGUGUGUGGUGUUGGCCUCAUAGAUUGUCCGCAUCAGGAUCAGUGCAGUAUAUAGUGACACGGGGAUCAACCCACGAAACAUUCUACAGGAGGCCAUUUCUCGCAACCUUCAAAUAAAAAGAGAGAAAACCAACACAUUGAUCCGGUCGAAAGUCCAGUAGCGCAGCAGCAACAACUGUAUCUUGCGGAAAUAACCAGGAAGUCCAAAUUACUUCUUCACGAUGGACACUGAUGAUGUGGAGUCGUCGAGCAGCAGUACCAUGUCCAGCCUGAACAGUCUGUUCUCGUUCACCAGUCCGGCAGUGAAGAAACUGCUCGGCUGGAAGCAGGGCGACGAGGAGGAAAAAUGGGCCGAAAAAGCCGUCGACAGUUUGGUCAAGAAGCUCAAGAAGCGGAAAGGUGCCAUCGAGGAGCUGGAGCGGGCCCUGUCCUGUCCCGGGCAGCCGUCCAAGUGUGUCACCAUUCCCCGCUCGCUCGACGGGCGGUUACAGGUAUCCCACCGAAAAGGACUUCCACAUGUCAUCUACUGCCGCGUCUGGCGCUGGCCAGAUCUGCAGAGCCACCACGAGCUGAAACCGAUCGAAACGUGUCAGUAUCCGUUUAGCGCCAAGCAGAAAGAGGUCUGCAUCAACCCGUAUCACUACAAACGCGUCGAAAGUCCGGUCCUUCCGCCGGUGCUGGUUCCGCGCCACUCGGAAUUCGCCCCCGGCCACUCGCUGCUGCCAUUCCACCAGAUGAACGAACCCAACAUGCCGCACAACGUAAGCUACACCAACUCCGGUUUCAACAAUUCGCACAUGGGCGGAGGCGGACCCAACUCGCCCAUUUCCUCGCACAUGGGCCCAAACAGUCCUAUCUCCUCGGUGUCCAGUCCGGGACCGAUCAACUCGAAUCCUCAGAGCCCGUACGGUUCAUUACCUGAAACGCCUCCUCCGGCAUACAGUCCUCCGGAAGAUGGGAACAACGUUAGCAGCCAGGACAACAACCAGAUGGAUACCAAUCAGAUGCAUGGCGAGGUAGCCCCAGUUAGCUACCAGGAACCUCCCUACUGGGCUAGUAUAGCAUACUAUGAGCUGAACUGCCGAGUCGGUGAAGUGUUCCAUUGCAAUUCAACCUCCGUCAUCGUGGAUGGCUUUACCAACCCUUCCAACAACUCGGACCGGUUCUGCCUCGGUCAGCUGAGCAACGUCAACCGCAACAGUACAAUCGAAAACACACGUCGUCAUAUCGGAAAGGGAGUGCACCUGUAUUACGUUGGAGGUGAAGUGUACGCCGAGUGCCUCUCGGAUUCGGCCAUCUUCGUGCAGAGCCGCAACUGCAAUCACCACCACGGGUUCCAUCCCAGCACGGUGUGCAAAAUCCCGCCCGGCUGUUCGCUGAAGAUUUUCAACAAUCAGGAAUUCGCCCAGCUUCUGUCCCAAUCGGUGAACCACGGGUUCGAGGCGGUGUACGAGCUGACCAAGAUGUGCACGAUACGAAUGAGCUUCGUCAAGGGUUGGGGCGCCGAAUACCACCGACAGGAUGUGACCUCCACGCCCUGCUGGAUCGAGAUUCACCUGCACGGGCCGCUGCAGUGGCUGGACAAAGUCCUGAUCCAGAUGGGAUCGCCCCACAAUGCAAUCAGCUCGGUGUCGUAAGGCGGAAGUGGGAAAUGGGAAUGAACGAGACAUUGGAUGGGGAUGAAUGAGUGCACUUUGGUUGCAAUGCGUGUGGGGACGAGGAUUAUAAACUGAUUUAAUUUUUAGCGAACGCCCGUUCGGAUGUGUGAGCAAUCGAUACGAGGAGAAAUCGGAGCCGUUUGGAGGAGAAGGAACGAUAGCAGUUGUGCAAGUAUGAGAUGUGCGUGGGAAUGUUCUAAAGACAAGGUUCGCUCUUCUUUUUAAGCACCCACAAUUUGUACACGUUAUAGACGGAGGUAGUUUUUAAGCGAUAAUGAUAGUGUAGUGACAUUUAUUUUUUAAAGUAAUGAUUUCAUAUUUACUAUUAGUAACGAUCAAGUGAUUUGCUGUCGGUAGUGGUAGGUGCGUAAGAUUGCAAAAUUUUACGCGGUCAUAAAAACAAUCUAUUUUCGGACAAAGUUUGCAAACAGAAAACAAAUCUUCCCAAAUUUGAUAUAAAAGUAUUUUUUUCCUCAAAUGUGCAAUUUUUCCAAACAAAAAAUAAAACAGUUUGCCAUUAUUGUUUCGUUGCAGUUGAAUGGAAAGCUUAACGAUAUAAUCAAAAUUUAUAAGAUUUAUCUAUAAAAUAGUGUAGCAGAAUAUAUUUUAAUACAAGUGCUUCUUUUAAAAAGAACAGAUUCGCUCUUUUAUUAAGUUUUAACACGUUUUCUUUUAUGUGUAGUUUGUUUUCGUUUCCCCGGAGACCGUUUUUUGGAAGUGCCUAUUUUAUCUACCGGUUCUCCCAGCUAUGCACCCGUUCGGAAGCAUUUGGAACGAAUUUCGGAACAAUAGAAUUACUAAAGUUACUACAGGAAAUGCUAGAAAUUCAAAAAAAAA